AUGGUGAGCCUCCUGAAGCUCGCGCUCAUCGGCGGCGCCGCGGCCCUCGCGCCGCAGCGCACCCCGUCCGCCAAGGUCUCCGCCGAGCCCGCGCGCCGCGAGUUCAUCCAGGGCACGGCCGCGACGGCCGCGGGCGCCGCGGCGCUCGCGGGCCUGCCCGCGGCGAGCUCGGCGGCGCCGCUCGCCAUCAAGAACUGGGAGCGCGUGUCGUUGCCCGUGUCCACGACGCUCUUCGACAUCGCCUUCGACACGGACACGCACGGCUACCUCGUCGGCGCCAAGGGCACGUUCCUCGAGACGGUCGACGGCGGCAAGAACUGGAAGCCGCGGACGUUCGCGAACCUGGACGAGGAGGAGGAGGUGGGCUACCGCUUCGAGAAGGUGAGCUUCCAGGACGGCGAGGGCUGGGUCGUCGGCAAGCCGCCGAUCCUGCUCCACACGGUGGACGCGGGCAAGUCGUGGGAGCGGAUCCCGCUGAGCCCCAAGCUGCCCGGCGAGCCCACGGGCGUCGUCGCGCUGGGCAAGUCCAAGGCCGAGAUGACGACGUCGACGGGCGCCAUCUACUCGACGACGAACGCGGGCCGCAACUGGAAGGCCCAGGUCAAGGAGACCAUCGACGCGACGCUCAACCGCGUGUCGUCGUCCGGCGUGUCCGGCGCGUCCUACUUCACGGGCUCCGUGGCGACGAUCCAGCGCGAGAAGGACGGCACCUACCUCGCCGUGAGCUCCCGCGGCAACUUCUACCUCACGUGGUCGCCGGGCCAGGACUUCUGGCUGCCCCACAACCGCGGCACGCCGCGCCGCAUCCAGGCCAUGGGCUUCGUCGAGGGCGACUCGUCCAAGGGCGUCUGGAUGACGUUGAACGGCGGCCAGAUGGCCCUCGGCGGCAAGUCCGCCGUCGACGACGCGGAGCCGACCUUCAACGUCAUCAACCUCAACUCCGGCGGCUACGGCAUCCUCGACGCGGCCUGGCGCGACUCCAAGGAGGCCUGGGCCGUCGGCGGCGGCAACACCAUGUACGUCUCCAAGGACGGCGGCAAGAACUUCAAGUUCGACGACUCCGCCGACAAGAUCCCGGGCAACCUCUACGCGAUCAAGUUCUUCGGCCCGAACACGGGCUUCGCGCUCGGCUCCGACGGCGUCCUCAUGAAGUUCAACGCCUAG